CUUACAGCCUGUCUUCACGGCACUUGCAUCUGUCUACAGGGCAUGCAGUUGCAAUGUCUAAUACUCCCUCCUCCAGUCCCGGCAACUGGAUCAUUGGCGGUUAUACCGGCAACAGUGACGGCGUGCGCAUCGCGAUCGCGACUUUUGUCGGCGUCGCCUGGUACAAUGUCGGCGAAUUGAUGGUCCUGGUCUUUCUCACCUUCAAGAAAUAUCGCGGCAUGUACUUCUGGAGUAUGCUCAGUUCGGCUUGGGGCAUUAUCCCCUACUCCCUCGGCUUUCUGCUCAAAUUCUUCAACGCGACUGACGCCAUGUGGUUGCCUAUCACCCUGCUUACGGUAGGCUGGUGGGCGAUGGUCACCGGUCAGUCCAUGGUGCUAUACUCGCGACUACACUUGGUGCUUCGGGAUAUUAGGAUUCUCCAUCUGGUCCUGGGAUUGAUCGUGCUAAACGUCUUCCUUCUACACGUUCCGACAACUGUGUUGACCUACAUGGCCAAUUAUUAUAACACUGGAGCGACGGUAACCGGGUACAACGUGAUGGAGAAGAUCCAGUUGACGGGAUUCUGCGUUCAGGAGAUCAUCAUUUCGGGGCUCUACAUCUGGGAGACGAAUCGCAUGUUGAAGCUGAAUCCGGAAAACGACAGCCGCAAAGUCAUUUUCAAUCUGUUCGCCGUCAACAUGGCGUGUAUCCUGAUGGAUAUCGCUCUGAUCGCCAUUGAAUACGCCAAUUUCUACAUGUACCAAACAACCCUGAAAGCGACCAUCUACAGCAUCAAACUGAAACUCGAAUUUGCGGUUCUGGGCAAGCUGGUCAAAAUCGCGCAUCAACAUGUCUGGCGACCACAAUUAAUCGCCGGGCCAAUGGGCUACCCAGUUCCUAUGGAUACGAACCAACUGUUUGCCGAUCUCGACAACAAUUAUGUCAGUACGCGAAGUUCUUGAACGUGGUCCAGGACCUUGAAAUAUUCGCACAUGCACGGCGCGAAACCGGACAACCGAGGUCCGCGAUCUGAGAACACCUUGGCAGCUUCAGAGAGUCAUAAGUCUCUAUAUCCGGAUUGAUCCUCGGUCAUCGCUUGUCUGCUUUCGCUUCGAAAGGGAACGCGAUUACGCUUGCCCAUGGCUGCCCGAAAUCCCGUCGCGACAGUUGGUCGCAAGCGAUCGGUAGGGCCCAAAUGAUACAUCUUUCUCGAUGUGACGCUCUAUCACACUGCCACAAUCGCGCAAAUACGUCACCUUCAAUUCGAGACUGGAACUGGUAACUGACAUUGGAAUAGAGCAUUAGAAGACUCUCCUAUAGUCGAUCGAUUUCGACCUUAUUGGUACGCAUAAGUCGAUGAUCCACCGAAGUGUCAUCAUUGUCGACGUUGACGGACCAUAACGAUAC